CAAUUUCAUUAUGCAUAAGGGUCAAAAUGGUUUCUUUUAUUAAUUAGAUUACGUCAUUAUUUAGCUCUCAACUGUUCAGUUUUGGCAGUCACAGAAAAGUUUAUUUAGCAUCUUUGGUGAUUCCUGCAUGCUCUUAGAAGGUUAAUUAUGAUAAAAGGAGUUUUAUUACAAGGAUAUUAGCGUUUAUAGCUUUCCUAGGAAUAUCUUAGUAUUUUCUUAGGAUUUUAAGAAACAAAUUAACUUUCGCUUUUUACUAAAAAAAACUUUGGCCGAUGUCUAAAUUGUGCUUUAGCUAGGGAGCGUUUUCUUAUGUCUCGAAUUAUUAUGACGAAAUUUAUUUGGGUUUUUUUGUCAACAAUUUAUUUGCGCAUAAGACGAGAUAUUAACUGAGAGAGUGUUUUUGUUGUAAAAAAGAAAACAAAUUGAGAGAGUGUUUUUUUAUCAAAUGUGAGAGUGUUUAUAAUAUGGCUUAUGAUCUUAUGGAAUAUCCACGCGCACGAUCUGCCGUCUAGUGGUUGGCUCAACCUUAUCAAUAAUUACUUAAUAGUGUUAAAUCAUACUCUCUCUUUUGCUAGAUAAAAGAUAUUCCGGUGGAAACACACAUAUUAAAAAAACUACUUUUUAUCUAAAAAAUAUCAUUAAAACUAUAAAUUAAUGGUAUUCAACCAAUUACAAAAUACACUAUUAAAAUAUGAUUGGAUACACAAUUUUUAAUAAAAUAAAAGUUACCUAAAAAAUUGAAAACAUCUUACGUAUUGGAACAUCAAAUCUUAUUUUUAGGAACAGAUGAAUUAUAACUCAAUUUCAUUACUUUACUUUUUCUCCUUUAAAACAGGAUUAUGAUACAAAAAACUGUCACGUUCAACAACCAGGUCUCUGAUUCUCCACUUCACAUCUAUUCUCUCCUUCGCUCAUAAAGUCUUCUCUUUCUGCAAAGUUACAGAAGAGUUCGACUCUUAUUUAAAUAAGAACUUAUAAUAAUUAAAAAAUUACAAGAAUCUAGUGUAGUAAAACUGUAUAAACCACUUAUAAAAAAACUGUAUAAACCAGAAGAUAAAAUUAGAGGAAUAGCCUUGAUGGACAUAAUUACCCAGGCCCUAACCCUAAGGUUCUAUAACUACCAUAUAUAGUAACAUCAGUAUCACCACACUUUUUUAUUAUUAGUAUGAUGUAUCAUGUAUGCAUGAAUCAGAUUGAUCAAUUUUUUUUGUUAUUUUAACAUUAAUUUUUCGAGUUGGGUUUAGGAUAUAGAAUUUAGGUUUAUAGUCUAGUUUUUAGGUUUAGGAUAUAUAAUUUGGGUUUAGGAUCUAGGAUUAGGGUUUGGGUUUAAAGGUUUGGAUUUGGGUUUAGAAUUUAGGGUGUAGGGUUUAGAAUUUAAGAUUUAGUGUUUAGGGUUUAGGGUUUAACUGGAAGCGUUAGCGUCGUUAAAAUUAGUGUUUUUAUUUUUUGUAGCUAUUUUUUAUUUAAUUUAAUAUUUUUAAUUAAUAAUUUAUGUGUCACUUUGAUUGGUUCUAAAGGGUGAGGUGAAUUUAAAUGUUCUUUCUAUCCUUAAAUAAAUAACAAUUUACAUGCUUCUAUAUAUUUUUGUAAAGUCUAGGAGUAAGAGCAGCAUUAACGCAACGGGGGAGUGUGGGUUCUAAUUUUUUUUAUUUUUAUUUUUUUUGUUUUGUCCGAUUAAAAAAAAUAAUUAAAAAUAGACCAAUCGCGGGCUGCCACGUGUCAGUGAGACCCGCAAACAGUACAAAAAUUUUACCGAACUCGACUCUUGCAAAAAAAAAAGGGUGGAUUUUAUGAUUUUUGUGGGCCAUACAUCUCUUAGAAAGUCAGCGAUAAUGGUGCUCUGAGUAUCCGAAAUAGAUCAUUUACGAUAUUUAAAAGUUGUAUAGCAUAUAUUCUUUUAAUGACUGGAUGGGAAGCGCAUAAAAUUCUCUCCUCUCUUAAACCCACAUUUCGUUUUUCGAUUAUUUGUUAGUUAUGUAAGGUAAAGUAUUGAUUAAUACGUUGUGUCGCUUUACAGAUUAUAAGAUAAAAUACAUUUAUAUUUUAUCAAUAGAUUGGAAUAUUCUGAAGAUGUAGUAGAAUAUUAUAGCGAGAUAAUAUUUUUCUACUAAACUAAAACAAGGUCUUUGCUAUAUCAUGGCAGGAUGUCUAUUAAUGGAAGUUUUUGAAGACAUCAUCAUAUGCAGUUUUUGUUGUUGUUGUUGUUAAGGAUCAUAUGUAAUUUAUCAAAUAUGUAUUGUGUUUUGGUAAAUAUAUUUAAUUAACUUUGAAAAAGUUAUGUAUCUAAUUAGUACUCAACAUUAAACUCAAUGGAUCAGCGCAAUUAGCGAGCAUAUUAUUAAUCCGACCGUAAAUACAAUGUCCCCCGAAAGUUUUAAAUAUUAUAUGUAUCGAAAAUUGAAUUUCGGACGGUUCAAUUUGAGUUUGUGCUAACCUUAUAAGUUGGAAGCUUUGGUAAAACGUAAGCCUAGCUAACUAAUAUAUAAUCUACUCGUUAGUGGUCCAGUGGUGGUUGAACGAUCUCGCUCCAUACCCCUCUUAAGUGAGGUCAAUGGUUCGAGGGCCAACUCUGGCGGAUGUUGCUCUUGAGGACCUUUGGGCCCAAUAAGAACACUUCCAACUGCGCGCGGCCACUGGGUCCAUUACAUGAGGCUGCCCAGCUCUCGUGGAUGCCUUCGGCGGGCUCCGGCGGGCCCUUAGUGGUUCAGAUUUAUCCGGACGGUCUUUAGGUGCUAGUCGGAUCCCCACGGGGCAUCCGGAUACCACGAUUAUCAAAAAAAAAAAAUAUAUAUAUAAUCUACAGCGAAGUUAAACAAUAUAAUGAGCUUCUCCAAUCUUGAUCCUACAAUUCUAUUGAAAAUUGACAUACCAUUAUCACACUGUUCAUAUUCGGGUAUACCAUCCAACUAUAUUAUUUUUGCUUACUUAAAUUGAUGUGUUUAAGAACUAUGAAAUAAUUACGAAGUGGAGCAAUAAGAUAAGCGGAAUACAUCGAGUCAUAACCAAGAAACGACAAAAAUAUGCUUUGAAGACCAAGUUGUAUCGCCCACCAUAAUUAUUAGCUGUCCAUAUCUAAGGGUAUCCUUAUAAAUUAAUUAGAACAAUGAUUGUAAUUGGUGUUAUAAUUUAUCCACUAUUCCUCAUGUUCUCUAUAUAUACAUCCCAACUCCUCUCCCUCAUUCCCUCACUUCUUACAAGGCAUCCAACAAACAAAACUAACCAAUCUUCUUAACUAAGAUUAAUCUCCUAAUCAAGACGCUUAAUUUAAUAACAAAAUUAAAAUGGAAGCCAUGGGAGAAUGGAGCAGCAGCCUCGGAGGAAUGUACACAUAUGCAACCGAAGAAGCCGAUUUCAUGAACCAACUCCUCGCCUCCUACGAUCAUCCUGGCACCGGGUCAGCCUCUGGGACAACCGGUGGAGACCACCACGGCUUGUAUUGGAGCCUUGGCUCUCAUCACAACCACCUUACUCUCAUGCCUGAAGCCAGUAGCUUCUGUUUCUCUGGGGAGAGCAGCAGCUACAGCGUUGGGAACAGUGGAUACUAUGCGGUGGUACCACCCGCGGUUGAAGAGAACAACAAUGUGCCAAUGGACUUUGGGCUGGAAGAUGCGACCAUCAACACCAACUCUUACCUUGUUGGUGAGGAGACAAGUGAAUGUGACGUGGAGAAAUACUCAUCUGGAAAGACUCUUUUUCCCUUGGAAACCGUUGUUGAGAACCACAAUGAGGAGGAGAGCAUCUUGCAAUCCGAGAUCUCUGUGACUACUACGGAUCAACAUCAGAAAUCUCUCACCGGUUCCAAGAAGAGAUCACGUGCGACAUCGGCUGAUAAAAACAAGAGAACAAAAGUGAGUAAGAGAGGCCAAAAGAAUAUAGAGAUGCGCGACGAUACCAACAAUGGCGAAGAAGAUGAAGGAGAGAAGGUGAAGAAAAGAAAGAGUGGGACUAUGAUGAGUAGACAGAACUCGAGCACCACUUUCUGUUCCGAGGAAGAAUCACAAUGCCCUUCUCAGGAUGAUGGAGAAGAAGAUGAAGAAGAUGCCUCCAAGGCCCUCAACCUUAACGGAAAGACCAGGGCCAGUCGCGGUGCUGCCACCGACCCUCAAAGCCUUUACGCAAGGAAAAGAAGAGAAAGGAUAAACGAGAGACUGAGGAUUUUGCAAAAUCUGGUCCCCAAUGGAACAAAGGUUGAUAUCAGUACAAUGCUUGAGGAAGCCGUUCAUUACGUCAAAUUUUUGCAACUCCAAAUUAAGUUAUUAAGCUCUGAUGAUCUAUGGAUGUAUGCGCCGAUUGCUUUUAACGGAAUGGACAUUGGCCUCAACUCGCCGAGAUGAUGCACGGAUCUUAUGAUUUUAAUUAGAAUUUUUUAUAACAAAAAUGUGAUGUUCCGUUUCAUUUUUAAUAUUCUCCGCCUUCGGACGAGUUCGAUUAUAAUUUCUCGUACAAUGUAUAAUAUGAAAGAAAUGGAGAGUCACAUUCCAGUUCCUAUAUUCCAUCUUUUUAAAUAAAAAAUUGAGUCAUUCUUCAUAUCUUUUCUCUAUUUUUUUAAGAUGAAGAUGCUUCUUGGUAGCGGAAUCUGACCCCAUAAUAUAAUCACAAAAUUCAAUGUAUGAUGACCAUUUUCUUAGUGAUGUUGUCUCAUUGAUAAUCAAUGUAUGUUAAAAAAAAAUUCUUAACAAAAGAAGUUGGUUAAUAUAUUUGUAUAUGUGCUAAAGC